UGAAAGAGAGAAGAGGGUAGCUAUCAGCUACAUUUGCUGAAAGUCUUGAAAGUAUUGUGCCAUGAAAAUGAAGAACAAAGGGCCAGCAAUUCUGGAUUCUCUAGCGCAAGUCCCGCGCUUUCUAUAGGGAUUCUCAAUUCUCCAUCUUCUCCAAUCCUCCUUUGAUUCUUCUUCUUCUCCUUCCUCAGAUCAAUCAUCGCGUAAUCUUCAUCAAUCAUCUGGAUCUACACAACUUUGACCUGAACUGAAUGGGGCAGUGCUACGGGAAAACCAUUCCCGCCGCCGAUAACAUCGAAGGUAUCACCACCGUCGUUGCUUCAGUAACUGGAGAUGAUCAUCCAGCUAGGUCUCCAAACACAACCGCCUCCGCCGCUCAUUCUGUAAAGAACACACCGGCUCGAUCAUCAGCCACUAGUCUAUAUCCAAGUCCGUAUCCUAACGGCGGUGUUAGUCCUUUACCUGUUGGUGUAUCGCCUUCUCCGGCAAGGUCUACGCCUAGGAGAUUCUUUAAACGGCCAUUCCCUCCACCAUCACCGGCUAAACAUAUCAAGGCUUCGCUUGCGAAACGGUUUGGUCAUCAGAAACCUAGAGAAGGUCCGAUCCCUGAGGAUGGAAUUACGGAAAAUGAUCCGUCUCUGGAUAAGAACUUUGGUUAUGGUAAGAAUUUUGGUGCUAAAUAUGAAUUGGGGAAGGAGGUUGGUCGUGGACAUUUUGGACAUACAUGUCAAGCUGUAGUCAGAAAAGGGGAUCUUAAAGAUCUUGCUGUUGCUGUUAAGAUUAUUUCUAAAGCAAAGAUGACUACAGCGAUAUCUAUUGAGGAUGUUCGAAGAGAAGUGAAAAUAUUGAAAGCUUUAUCAGGACACAAGCAUCUAGUCAGAUAUUUUGAUGCAUGCGAGGAUACCAAUAAUAUUUACAUAGUUAUGGACUUAUGCGAAGGAGGGGAAUUACUCGACAGGAUACUCUCGAGAGGUGGAAGAUAUCCGGAACAUGAUGCCAAACUUAUUGUUGUACAAAUCUUGAGCGUGGUUUCAUUUUGUCAUCUUCAAGGUGUUGUCCACCGCGAUUUAAAGCCUGAGAAUUUUCUUUUCAUGUCGAAAAAUGAAGAUUCGGAUAUGAAACUUAUUGAUUUUGGUCUCUCCGACUUUAUCAAACCAGAUGAAAGACUUAACGACAUUGUUGGAAGUGCAUACUAUGUGGCUCCAGAAGUCCUGCAUAGAUCUUAUAGUCUUGAAGCUGACAUUUGGAGUAUUGGAGUUAUCACUUAUAUAUUGCUAUGUGGGAGCAGGCCAUUUUGGUCAAGAACAGAAUCUGGAAUUUUUCGUGCAGUCUUGAGAGCAGACCCUAAUUUCGACGAUCUCCCAUGGCCAUCUGUAUCUGUUGAAGCUAAAGAUUUCGUGAAAAGACUUUUGAAUAAAGAUUUCAGGAAAAGGAUGACUGCUGCACAAGCUUUAACUCACCCUUGGUUGCAAAGUGAAAACCAUCCUGUUCCUUUAGAUAUAUUGGUUUAUAAGCUUGUGAAAUCAUAUCUUCAUGCCACACCUCUGAAACGUGCAGCCCAAAAGGCCCUAUCCAAAGCUUUGACUGAGGAUGAGUUUGUUUAUCUUAGAGCUCAGUUCAUGCUGCUGGAACCUAAUAGAGAAGGCUACAUAUCUCUCGAUAACUUCAAAAUGGCUCUUCAAAAGAAUGCAACUGAUGCAAUGAAGGAAUCUAGAGUUCCUGACAUUCUUAAUUCGAUGGCGCCUCUAGCUUAUAGGAAAAUGGACUUUGAAGAGUUUUGUGCGGCUGCAAUCAGCACAUUUCAACUUGAGGCUCACGAAAAUUGGGAGCAAAUCUCUUCUAAUGCGUUUGAACAUUUUGAACAUGAGGGUAACCGUGUUAUCUCAAUCGACGAAUUGGCAUGGGAAUUAAACGUGGGACAAACGGCUCAUUCUAUCAUCAAAGACUGGAUUCGAAGCUCGGAUGGGAAACUGAGUUUGCUCGGUUAUACGAAAUUUUUGCAUGGGGUAACGCUUCGGAGCUCAAAUACUACUAGACAUAACUAAAGAAUUUAUUUAAAAUUAAAAUAUUUUUUGGGGGGAAAGUGAUAGGAAAAUGAAAAUUGAAAAUUGAGAAUUAUGGUGUACUAAAAAUUGCUUCUUUGAUUAUGUGUAAUCUUGCUCCCUGGCAUGAUUGAAGGUGAAAAUAGAAAAUUGUGUAAAGUGAAGUUGUGAAUUCAAUUGAACUUUUUUAUUAUUAU